UUGCAGACUUCUUGCAGACUUUGCAGCCCUAUUAAACAAAAGCCUUCCCGCUUCUCGGGUUACGCCAGUCGCUCGCUCGUCAUACGCGAUCAAACGCAUCCCAGUCUCUGUCGUUAGGACGACUUGCAGAAAGAUGGCUACCAUGGAAAACCCGCUGGCAGCUCGCCAUAUUCAGAAUUUCAGCGAGGCCGCCGCGUUAGAGAAGCACUGGGGUUAUGUCGACAGGGCCGUUCCGUGUACCAACGACCCCGGAUCUUGCGCCUACCUGGAUCAGGUGUAUGGAUCCCACGAUUUGACAAUGGUCUAUUCCGGCAUAAUGUGGGCGGCAAUUGCUGUAAUUCUCCUGCUGUGGACUAUCGGAAGACGCAUCUUCCCGUCCCCUCGCGCCGACGAGAUACCCACCGGUACCGUCGACAGCGAAAGGGUAGCAAAAAUAGCUAGUCGACGCUCGCGAAUAAGGAGGACGGCUGCGGCGUUAAUCCGUCGCUACUUAUUACCCGACUCAGUCCGAUUCGUCUUUGGCCGAACGACGCGACUUCAAGUCUUGAUUUUGACCGUCCUGGCAGGCUAUUUGUUAAUAUUUAGCUUCCUCGGCAUCACCUACCAGACGUGGGUUACGCCCAUAAAGAACAACCCCGGGCUUUACAACACCAGAACGAGCUUGGGCCCGUGGUCCGACCGAGUUGGCGUCUUUGCGUAUGCCCUCACGCCACUAUCGAUCUUGCUAUCGAGCAGGGAAUCUAUCCUCUCUCUUCUUACUGGCGUUCCGUACCAGAGCUUCAACUUUCUUCAUCGCUGGCUCGGCUAUAUCAUCGUUGUACAGGGGUCUCUGCACACUAUUGGCUGGACCGUAAUCGAAGUCCGACUAUAUCAACCGCAGCCGACGACCGCGAUAGAAUGGAUCAAGCAGCUGUAUAUCAUAUGGGGAGUUGUCGCGCAAAUCUUGCUGUUAAUCCUCUUUGCUCUGAGUACUCCCUGGGGUAUUCGCCUCACCGGUUACGAGUUCUUCCGCAAGGCGCACUACGUCCUGGCGAUGGUAUAUAUUGGGGCCUGCUGGGGUCAUUGGGCGAAUUUGCAAUGCUUCCUAAUCCCGGGGCUGGCUCUCUGGUUCUUGGACCGUGGUGUUAGACUCUUGCGCUCGGCCCUUAUUCAUUAUCAAUAUUUACCUGGAGGAUCCAUGGGGUUCCGAGCGGCACACGCAUCUUUGACGCACUUUCCCGACGCAGAGCACGGGGACGUCGUGCGUAUGGAUUUUACCUAUCCUCAAGAUGCCUGGAAUGUUGGACAGCAUUUUUACCUUUGCUUCACGGAGUGCAGUUUAUGGCAAUCUCAUCCGUUUACGCCGCUCAACUUGCCAAAGGUACAGGAUGGGCUUGUUUCGCACUCGUACAUUCUCAGAGCGAAGAAAGGAGAGACGAAGAAGGUCGCAGAACUGGCUGCGAGGAAACUAGCCGCGUCGCCUAGCGCAACGACCCCGUUAAUCCUGUCUGGAACCUACGGAGAAUCGAUAGUCGAUGAAUUGACACCGGAGGUCAACGUGCUCUGCGUGGCUGGUGGAACAGGAAUUACAUUUGUCUUACCGGUAUUGCUUGGAAUAAUAGAGCAACCAGAAAUGAAGGACCGGAAAGUCCAGCUGGUCUGGGCAGUAAGGAAGAAGGAUGAUACCCGUUGGGUCGAGAAGGAACUCGCUACGAUUCGCAAAGCCGCCAAGGCGCAUAAGAUUGAAGUUAACAUAUAUGUGACGAGGGAAGCAAGCAGUAGGAGCCCGUCGAUAAACGAUGACAUAUUAGAGAAGGACGACAUAGCCGUGAAGGAGUCUGGUUUGGCUUCGUCUACUGUUUCCUCUGUGAAGGGUGUUCAGUCUGCGUCGUCCCUCAAUGUCGAGAGAAUCGGAGGGGAAGGAUUUGACAGGCACCCCGACCUAAACAAGUUAGUUAGGGGAUUCGUAGACAACACCGUAAGAGGCUCUACGGUCGUAUAUGCAAGCGGACCAGGAAGCAUGAUCAGCGACUUGAGGAGUAUUGUAGCGUCAUGCAACUCGGGCGGGAAGGUCUGGAAAGGAAAUGGUCGAUAUGAUGUUAGCUUAAUAUGCGACGACCGACUCGAGUGGUAGAGGCGUACUUGAGUUGAGGGAAAACCACAAAAAAAAAAAAUACUAUAAUGUUUAAAGCAGCCGGUGUUACCGUCUAUUAU